AUGACCGAUGUCGUGUUUAAGAAGAAAUCGCGUGCGGGCGCGCGAAAUGUGCGGAAGCGGGAUACGGGCGCGCUAGAGGAAGAGGCGUCUGCAGAGAAGCUGUCUUCUGCCGUCGUCACGAAAAAAAAGCGCGUCGACGUAGGCGCAGAAGCGCGCCCGUUGGAUCGGUUCGGCGCACGCACGGUCCAUGCCGCGGCAAGUGCGAGCGGAUCGGCGAUGAACGACAACCAGAACCAGCGCGAUAGCACACGGCAUACUGACUGGGACCUGGAGACGGAAUUUACACGCGAGCUUGGCGAAUCCAAAUCGAAGGCAAGCAAUGACGACGGCAAGUACCGAGGCAUGUCGAGCUACAGCAAGUAUACAGAGGAGCGCGAUGACGGUUCCUCGGCAAAGUUCAAGGCCAAGGGCCCGAUCCGCGCGCCGACCAAUGUGCGCACCAUCACUGUCGUGGACUACCAGCCGGACGUGUGCAAAGACUAUAAAGAGACGGGGUACUGUGGCUUCGGCGAUACGUGCAAGUUUUUGCACGACCGCAGCGACUACCUUGCGGGGUGGCAGAUGGAUAGCGUCGAAGAAGCUGCCGAUGCACGCGCCGGCACGUUUGGCCAAGGACUCGACGAGGAGGUCGAGGAAGACGUGCCAUUUGCCUGCCUGCUCUGCCGACAGCCGUUCGAGGAGCCCGUCGUGACGCUCUGUGGCCACUAUUUCUGUGCAAAAUGUGCCAUCCAGCGCUACACCAAGACACCAAAGUGCUUUGCAUGCGGCGCGAAAACGCACGGCCUGUUCAACGCUGCAUCCAAGAUCCUGCAUCGCAUGAACAAGCGCCAUAUGCAUCGUACGCAAGACCGCCGAGAGAAGCGCAGGCAGCACGGCAUGGAUAGCGAGAGCGAAGAGGAGCAGAUCUUGGAUGGAGUCGUGGUCGGGGAAUGA